AACAUCAUCGGCACUGACACAGGACGGGGCUGCAGCUCGGACUCCUCCCAUCCUGGUCUCCAGCCAUGGCCACCGCCACCUCCCCGCUCCUCUCCCUCUCUUCCCUCUCGGCCUCCCUCCCCUCCCCUUCCCGGGCACCCGCCUCCCUCUCCCUCCGCGCCGUCGCCCCACAGGCCCGCCUGUCGACCUCCUACGCCGCCUUCCCCAUCGGUGGGUUUGGAGCCUCGGCGUCGACGGGAAGGUUGAGGAGGAGGGGGCUCCAGGUGGUGUGCGCCGCCGAGCCGCCCAAGACUGGAAGACAGCCAGACUCGGUGAAGAAGAGGGAGCGUCAGAAUGACAGACACCGCAUCCGCAACCAUGCCCGCAAGGCCGAGAUGCGCACCCGGAUGAAGAAGGUUUUCAGAGCCCUUGAAAAGCUUAGGAAGAAAGCCGAUGCCCAACCUGAAGAAAUCAUUGAAAUAGAGAAAAUGAUCUCCGAGGCAUACAAAGCCAUCGACAAGACAGUGAAGGUUGGCGCCAUGCACAGGAAUACUGGAGAUCAUCGCAAGUCCAGGCUUGCAAGGAGGAAGAAGGCCAUUGAGAUAAUCCGUGGUUGGUAUGUUCCGAAUGCUGAACCUGCUGCAGCUGCCUAGUUUCUGGGGGAGUCAUCAUCGUAAAUUGCAGCAGUUUUUCUUUCAUCACAUCUUGCCAAUUUUGGGCAGCAUAUGUUAUUGAACGAGCUCAAUAGACUGCCAGGUCUUCCCCAUGGCAAGUGUUCUGGUACUGGCUACUGUGUUUAUGUGCUUGCUAUGCUCUGGCACAGAAUUGGGCCAUUGCUUGUCUUACAUUCCCUCUGUUGUAAAACUUCAAACUGAAUAUACCUCUUGUAUGGUGUAUGCAGAUAUCUUCGGCUAGAGAUAGUAUGUUCAGUAUAUAUACUUUCUCUCA